ACCACCUCAAUUUCGUGUAAGAACCGUCGAUCAAAAAAUCCAAAAAAUCUUUUAUAGUCCGUAACUUCUCUGAAUUCAAUCGCCUUCUCCGACUCCCAAUUAGGAGUUGUUUCUGCGGAAGUACACGAUUCCAAUCUUCCAUGAAGACAUGGAUAAGCUCUCUAUCUCUCUCUUUCUAAUAUGUUCAUUGGUGCAAGUAAAGCUCUCUCCAGCUCUCUCCGAUUCAAAAAAAUGGCAGCCUACCCUCCUGUUCUGAAAAACAUGAGCCGUUAACUCGGACAGCUCCCACUGUGCACCUUCUGAUUACACCAGUUACUUGAAAAAAGCUUCAGGCAACUAUAUGCCCAUUUCGGGACUGAUUAACUCAUGGUUGGUACGGAUUAUUUAGUUGAAAUUACUGACUGGAAAGAAUAAAGAUACAUUGUCUCUUUCUUUGGGCUUCGGUUGUAUUGACUUUCACCAUUAAUGAAAGUUUUGAGUUAUUUUUUGAAUUCUAUUCCAUCUUUUCUAUAAAUUUCUACAUACCUUUGAGAGUUCUAUCAACGUUUUAUUCCUUCCGUCAAAAACAAUUCCAGAGAGGUACAGAAAAACAGAGAUCAUCAUUUGCAUACUACAAAUGAACAAACAUCUAGAGAUAGAGAUGGAGAUAUAUAUGAUAGAGAUGAACAAACACUUGUGAAGAAAGCUAUCGAUGAGAAAAUUAGGUUCAUACAACUUCAAAAAUGUCUCCCCCAGAAAGGUCACACUUUGAGACUGUUGGGCAUGUUAAACGUGGUCAAAAAAAUGGAGAUCAUCUUUUGCUCCGAGAGGAUACUUUAGAUGAACAGACAUCUGGAGAUAUAGAUGGAGAUAGAGAUGAACAAACACUUGAGAAGAAUGUUAUCCAUGAGAAGAAAACUAUCCCUGAGAAGAUGAUGCGAUCGUACCUAGAGUAUUUCCACAAAAUAGGAUUUACAGAAUCCCGUCACACUUAAGGAAUUGAACUUUUAACAUUCUUAAGUUGGAAAAAGAAUCUGGAAUUUUCAACAUGAGUUAUUUUGAACAUCUAAUAGAAUCAGGUGAUUGGGAAGAUGCAACACAUUCCGUAUCAGCAUUUGUUGAUAAAAGUUGUGGAAUCUUGGACGAAAUUUAGACACAGAGUUCCCUGCAAGUAGCAAUGGUAUCCGUGCUAAAAGCGGGCAAGAAAUUAGAAAUUGGAGAUAGAGAGUCUGUUAAGUGUGAAAUAAUUGAUGAAGUAAAGAAGCUUACAAUGACAGCCUUCUAAAUCCCAGAAAAGUUGAACUUCCCAGAGGAUUCAUAUUUAUGGAGACUUUUUAGUCAAAGCCAUUGUGAUCCUGGCCUAGAUUAAUUUGAUGCCAGUGAGUGCUUCUGAAGAUGGACAUGCCAUUCAUCCUCACCAAUUACCUACUCAUGUUGGUGGUAAGAAAAGAUGAUUAUUUAUUAUGACAAACUCCUUGGUGUCGACAUGACAAACAGAGUGUGCGAAGGAAUAUAUGAUGGUCGUAAAGUUGCUAUGAAAUGCCUAUUUCUGACAAAGGGAGCUGAUACUAAUCCAAUAGAUAAGGUUGAAAUUAAUACAAAAGAGGUGCAAAGUCUAGUGGAAGCUGGUGCUGAUUCACAUGAAAAUGUAGUGACGUGCUAUGGAAUAGAAGCAGAUGCGGAAUAUAUCUACGUUGCUCUCGAUCUAUGUUCGUGUACAUUGGAUGAGGUGAUCACGAUAAAAAAAUGCAGAAAUUGACACGGCCAAGCUGAUGAUGAAAGAUUAUUAUCCUUCCAGUUGGGCAUUAUGAGGUUUGUUAUUUUUAAUUAUUUAUUUUUAUAUUUUUCUAACACAAUAAACUAAAAUGUUUCUCUACUGUCACUUGCAGAGACAUUAUUUGCGGAUUAGGUCAUUUACACAAACUUCGGUAUAUACAUAAGGACCUAAAUCCAAAUAAUAUUCUUAUAAAACAAGAUGACCAUUUGUGUGCGAAAAUUUCUGAUAUGGGUAUGGCGAAGUGGUACGUGUAGGUCCAUCUUCUGAAACGAAUAGUAUAAAGUCUUGUGUUGAGUUAUCUCUUUCUCCCAAUAAGUUUAUUUCUAUAUCAACUACAUUAAUUAUGCUUUAAUAAUUAAUUAUUUCUUGUAACAAAUAGGCGGAUUAAAAUAAAGUCAAAUUUACUUACAACAGAAUGUCUAAGUAUUGAAUUUUUAUACACGCAAAUUUCCAUUUAUAAGUGAAAUCAAAUUCAUUGUUGUAAUUGUGCUACUGAUUUGUUGUCAAUUAACAUCUUUGUUUCUUAUAAAAAAUAUAGGGUUUAAUGCAUCAAACCCCUCUGUGAUAUGGAAAUUUGGUGCAUUAUCCUUUUGUGAUUUACGAAAUGCGUCAAACCCCCUUGCGUUUUAAUUAAUUAUGCGCCAAAUCUCUUCUGUGAACAAAUUCAAUUGUCAAAUAAAAGAAAAAUGAUUAACAUUUUUGUUUGAUUGAGAGAUUUUGACAUAUUUACUUGCAUAUUCAAUCAAAAUAUUAGGAAAAGUGAUUUCCAAAUCGUUAAAUUUAUUCAUAAAAGAGGUUCUGUGCAUGAUUAAUCUAAACACAAGGGGGUUUGACGUAUUUUUCAAAUCAUAGAGGGCUAAUGCGUUGAUUUUUUAUAUCACGAGGGGGUUUGGUGCGUUACAUGUGUAGCUUUUAAUUAUUAUAUUAUAUUGUUUAUGUAGCUGAUGGACAAAGUGGAAUCGUAAUUUAUAAGACUCUUGGGCAAAUACUUGUAAGUGAUCGUAUUUCACCUGCUGCUGAUAUGAUUAGUAUAAGUUGCAUCCUUUUUUUCCUGCAUAACUAAUUAAAGGGCAAGCAUGCUUUCGUGGAUUUUGUGUGGAACAAAAGUACAUUGGGAAAUGAUAAAGCUAAUUUCUAUGAUAUCCCAUGACUUCCCUGAAGCAUAUGAAUUUGGACGACUCUUAAAUCCAGAAGCAGUUUACAGGUAAUAUCUUUUUGUCGUAUCUUUUUUUUUUCUUUUUCUUUUCUUUUUUUUGUUUAAAUUAUAGUUUUUAUUAUAACGUUAGACCUACUAUUGAAGAAGUUAAAAAUCAACCUUUUCUUGUGGGAGUCUAGCACUCGAAUCCAAUUUUUUAAAUAUACUUCUGAUAAGUUUAAAUCUGAGAAGAAGAAUACCAACUUGGAAGGAAGGACAUCUAAACUGCUUGGUAUGUUAGAAAGUAUCAAGAAUAAUGUAUUUGAGAGACGCUGGGACAACAAGUUGGAUUCUCCCUUUGUGAACUACAUUAAAGGAGUGUUUGCGGUUGCUUAAAAAAAGUGCUUUUCAGCUUUUGACUUUAAAAAAAGCUAAAAAGAGUGUUUUCAAAUGACAGCUUCUGCUUAAAUUAAUCACUUAAAAGCUAAAAGCUGGAAGCAGGUGGAAGGGUGCUUUAAACUGCUUUUCACUUUUUCUAUUACACAAAAAGUACUUAUUUUACCAAACACUACCAACUUUUACUUUUUCAGAAUCACUUUUUUCUCAAACACUACCAACUUUUACUAUUAAUCACUUUUCCCAAAAUCACUUUAAAAAAUCACUUUUUUAAAGUUGAAGCAAUUGCAAACACUCCCUAACUCUGGUGUGCAUAUGUGCUAUGACUAUGAGAAAAUGUACGACUUGUUAAGCUUAAUAAGAAACAUGUCGCAUCACUAGAGGGAACUUCUAAAAGCUGUUAGAAAUUUGAUGUCACAAACGGUGAUUCUAAGAAUCAAAGAAUACUUUUCAACGAAAUUUACAAGAUAAUUUGUAAUUCUUGUCCAUAUGAUAUUGGAUUAUGACAAUACGUUUCUAGAAAUUCAUUUGAGUAAUUAGUUCGUUUUUUUGUGUCUCUUGUCAAACAUAGGCAACUUCUCGUUUACUAGUAAAAGUAUUAAACGUAUAUUGGCGUAAGCCAACUUGUUUUGAUAGAGACACAAAAAGCCAACUAAUUACUCAAAUGAAUUUCCCGAAAUGUAUUGUCGAAAUCCAACAUCAUCUGGACAAAAUUUACAAAUUGUCUUGUAAACUUCAAAUAGAAGAUUUCAAAAUUUUGUUGUAAAGUAUUAUUCGAUUCCUAGAAUCACUGAUUGUGACAUCAAAUUUCUAACAUCUUCUGAAAGUUCCCUUGGUGAUGCAACUUGUUUCUUAUUAACCUUAAAAUGUCGUACACUUUCUCAUAGUCAUAACGCACAUGCACGCCAGAGUUGAUGUAGUACACAAAGGGAGAAUCCAACUUAUUGUCCCAACGUUUUCCAAAUACAUUAAUCUUAAUACUUUCCAACAUACCAAGCAGUUCACGUGUUUCCAAGUCAGUUUCUUCUCAGAUUCAAACUUGUCAGAAACAGCUUUAAAAAAUUGGAUCCGAGUGCUAGACUCCCACAAGAAAGACUGAUUUUUAACUUCUUCAAUAGUAAGCCUAGCAUUAUAAUAAAAACUAUAAUUUAAACAAAUAAGAAAAAGAAAAAAAGAAAGAAAUGUACGACAAAAAGAUAUUACCUGUGAAUUGCUUCUGGACUUGAGAGUCGUCCACUUAUAUCAUAUGCUUCAGGGAAGCCAUCCGAUAUAUCAUUAAGAGAUUAGCUUUAUCAUUUCCCAAUAUAUUCUCUUCACACGCAGAAUCCACGAAAGGAUGCUUAAUCUUAGUUAUGCAGAAAAAAAAGAUGCAACCUAAGUUCAACAUAUCAGCAACAUGUGAAAUACGAUCAUUUCCAAGUAUUUGCUCAGGAGCCUUAAAAAUUACGAUACCACUUUGUCCACCAGUUACAUAAACAAUAUAAUAUAAUAAUUAAAAACUACACACGAUAUAUAUUUUCUGGUAAGAAACUACGAUGUUAAUUGAUAACAAAUUAGUAGCACAAUUACAACAACAAUGGAUUUGAUUUCACUUAUCAAUGAAAAUUUAUGUGUAUAAAAUUCAAUACUUAGACAUUCUGUUGUAAGUAAAUUUGACUUUAUUUUAAUCCACUUAUUUGUUACAAGAAAUAAUUAAUCAUCAAACCACAAUUAAUGUAGUCGCUUGACAUACCCAUAUCAGAAACUUUAGCAAACCAAUGGUCAUCUUCUUAUUUUAUAAGAAUGUUUUUUUGGAUUUAGGUUCCUAUGUAUAUACCCAAUUUGUGUGAAUGACCUAAUCCACAAAUAAUUUCUCCGCAAGUGACAAUAUAGAAACAUGUUAGUUUACUGUGUUCGAAAAAUGAAAAAUAAAUAAUUAAAAAAAAACCUCAUAAUGCCCAACAAUGUACUAGAACGAUAAUAUUCUUUCUUCCUCAGCUUGGCCGUGUCAAUUCCUACAUUUUUCUUCCCGUGAUCAACUCAUCCAAUGUACACAAACAUAGCUUCAGAGCAAUGCAGAUAUAUUUUGCAUCCAUAUGUCCCUUCACCUACUUUCUCAAGCUUCUCGAAAGAUUCCAUCGCCGACAUCCCUGAUCCGAGAGAUUUCAUGCUGCCGUCAACAGUCAUCACCGCAGCAGCACUGCCGUCAUACUUCUCCAUCUUCGAUAUCUAUAUCUCAGAUUCUUUCCCUAAUCUCUCCACCAAGUUCUCGAGUGUUUGGUAAAAUAUUUAGAUGUUCUUUUCUUUCUUAAAGAAUAGCUUUCUCAAAGUUAGAAGUUUUUUAAUAGUUUAUUUUGUUUUUAUCUAUGCUGAGUAAGUCUCUUUUACUAUAUAAACAAAAUAGUAUUAUACCUGGCGAUGCACGGGAAAUAUAUUUCUCGAAAAAAAGUAUGUAAAUGAUACAAGUAAUACAUGUAAGUUAAUAAUUUCUUACAUAAGAAUUCAAUUUUUGGAAUUUGAUAAUA